UCCCAUUUCCCAUUUUAUUGCGUAAAACGUUUUCUUCACCCUUCUCUCACUGUGUUUAUUAUUUUAUUGAGAAAAACUAAAACACCGUGACCCUCUCAAUUCAGUGCGGUGCAAACCAUCUCUGUGAUCCUUCUUCUCGCUCCAUGCAGGUUUAACAAGUCAUGAUGUUCAGCUAAAUAAAUGGGAAAUGGUACUCGUUCUAGUCAAAGGGCUAAGGAUGGUGAAAAUUAUAACGAGAGGAUGAAACAAGAUAGUGAGAAAGGAAAAAUCAGCCCAAGUCCUACUGAAUCAGAUACAACGGGUGUCAGAAGGUCUGCUAGAGAGACACCAUCAAAGAAGAUAAUUCCAAGCUCUUCAAGUGCUCGGAAAUCUGAGCGACUUGAGAAGGGAACACCGCCAUCUCCAGCAGUAAGUAAGAAGUCUGAAAGGGUCGAAAAAAAGAAUAUGCCAAGUCCUUUGAGGAGAUCUGGAAGAGCUAGGGGUCAGUCUUCCACUCCUUCUGAUUCUAAAAGCUCAGGGUCGUUGAAUUCAAAGCAGAAACAGAAGAGUGUAAAACAGGUUACACUAGAAGCUAAGGAAGUCAAUCAAAGUGAGGAACAUGACCCGGAAACUUUGCAGGUGAAAGUAAAGAGAAUGGACGCCCGUAUGUAUCGGUCUCUCUUUAAAAAACCGAAGGAAGGUUCAUCAGUACCAUCUAACACCCCAACUAAUGAGACUUGUAUGGUACCUGAAAGUGUUCAGCCUAAUUUCUCAGGAGAGGAGACAUUACAGAUGUCAAUGUCGAAUUCCAUAUUAGAUGGUGAGUUAGUGAGGAAUGGUCAUGAUGGGGGUGAAAUGUCAAUACUGUCCAAGAGAAAGGGAAUGACGGUGGACAUGGAUUCAGAUCCUUCUGCCUCACUAUCUAAGGAUGACAACUGCAAUUUUAUUCCUAAUGCUAGUCCUUCGAUGUCAGAUGGCAAUGUUAUCGGGACUGAUGGGCCAUAUUCCAAACGAGUAAGGUUGGAUUAUAAUCCUAAAGUUAAUGAGUCAUGUAAUCCUUCUGCAACUGAGGAAAACAUUGUAGGAAACAUAAAUAUUCCGGCUCUUCUUGAUAGUCAAAGUAAUAAUGAAAAAUAUGGUUUAAAUCCUAAUUCCGAUGACAGCGCUUUUCAACUGAAAGACAGGUUGUCAAGUGACAUUGCAUCCAGAUGCAAGUCUGACUCCUGUAGGUUUGUUGAGUAUUGGGUUCCUGUACAGAUAUCCGAUGUGCAGCUUGAGCAGUAUUGUGCUAUUUUACUUAAAAAUGCAGAAAUCCUUCGGUCAUCAUCAAAGGUUGAUAGUGUUGGCGCCAUCCGUGAUAUCCUGAUAUCAAUCCGCAAGUGUUGUAAUCAUCCCUAUGUUGUUGAUGAACACCUACAACGUCUGCUUUGGGAGGGCCUUAAACCAGAUGAGUUUCUGGGUGUUGAUAUCAAAGCAAGCGGCAAGCUGCAACUUCUUGAUUCAAUGCUCAUGGAGUUGAAGAAAAAGGAUUUAAGGACACUCAUUCUUUUUCAGUCUAUUGGAGGUUCUGGAAGAGAUUUAAUAGGUGAUAUUUUGGAUGACUUUCUGCGACAAAGAUUUGGACCAGAUUCUUAUGAAAGGAUAGAUAAAAGUCUUCCACCAUCCAAGAAACUAGCUGCUAUGAAGAAAUUUAAUGACAAGAACAAUGAACGAUUUUUCUUUUUGUUGGAAACAUGCGCGUGCCUUCCAAGCAUCAAAUUGUCAUCAGUUGAUACUAUUAUUAUAUUUGAUAGUGAUUGGAACCCAGUGAAUGAUAUUAGAUCCCUUCAGAAGAUAACACUUGACUCACAGUAUAAAUUGAUAAAAAUGUUCCGUCUAUAUUCAGCUUUCACUGUUGAAGAAAGAGCUUUAAGCUUUGCUAAGCAGGAUAAGACACUUGAUAUCAAUUUACAAAACAUGAACCGGGGUAUUAGUCAUAUGCUGUUGAUGUGGAGCGCGCCUUGUCUAUUUGAUGAGUUGAAAGUUUUCCAUGAUGAUGCAGCUUCUACGCCAAGUCUGAAAUCCUUGUUUGGCCAACCACUUUUAAAACAAGCAAUUGAUGAAUUCCGAUCUGUUCUAUCUCAAGAUGGUGAAGAUACAGAUGCAAACAACUGUUCAAUUUUAUUGAAAGUCAAAGUCCAGCAAAAAGAGUUAACAUACCGUGGACAUUUUUCUUUGCUUGGUGAGCUGAAAAUUGGGUUAUUGGAUGAAGAGGCACCCCAAAUUUUCUGGCCAAAACUUUUGGAGGGUAAACAUUUCUGUUGGAAGUACUCAUCUAAUUUAUUUCAGCGGAGCCGGAAGAAAGUCCAUUAUUUUAAUGGUUCAGUUGAUCGGCCUGAUGCUGUGACUGAAGGCAUACUAAAGAAGCGCAAGAAAGUGAGCAGCAAUGUUGUUGAUCAUCCUUCUUCGAAAUCUGAAGAUGAAAAUUUAUCCAAUGGAAUCAAGGAAGGUGCAUCCGGGGAUCUAGUGGAUAGACCACAUGUUAAUGUUGUUGAAUCUGAGAAAAAGGGUACAGUGCACGGUGAGCAGAGGAGCUCACAUCUUUUGCUGAAGCCAGAGAUAACAAAGCUCUGUGAAGUUCUUCUUCUCCCAGAUACGGUCAAGAGCAUGGUUGAUAAUUUUCUUCAAUAUGUCAUGAACAAUCACCAUAUCACUAGGGAAUCAGUGCCAUUAUUACAGGCUUUUCAAUUAUCUCUGUGUUGGACUGCUGCUGCUUUGUUAAAGUACAAACUUGGUCACAAGGCUUCUCUUAUUCGUGCAAAACAACAACUGAAUUUUGAGUGCAAGAAAGAAGAGGUGGAUUUAAUAUAUUCUUUGUUGCGGUGUCUAAAGAAGAUAUUUUUAUACCGUACAGGAAAUUGUAAUGAUACUGGUUCUCCAAAAGCUUCUGAAUCAUCAAAUACGGUUUAUUCCUAUACAGGAGUGGAACAAGAGGUUGAAUUGUUCAAAAUAGAUAUGUCCAAAAGCAUUAAAGAAAUUAAGAAGAAGUUUGAAAAGCCCCUAAAGAAGCUAUGCCUUUUGCAUCAGGAAGAGAAACAAAAGUUGAAAGCAGUUUUUGAGAGCGAAAAGGCUUACGUUGAGCGAAAGUUCUUAACAGAGAGCGCUAUUAUUCGAUCCUGCUCUCCCAAUGAUGUGAUGAGAACAGAAAAGGUCAAAGUUUUGAAUAUUGCAUAUGAAGAAAAAAUUGCAGAAUUGAAAUAUCAGCAUGAAACAGAUCUUAAGGCUCUUGAGGACGUACAGUUAGCUCAGAUGCAGGAGCUUCAGGAUAAGGAGGCCGCUUGGGUGGAAGAUGUGAAAUGUUGGGGACAAAAUGAAUUGUUAAACAUUGUUGCUUCAAAGGAACUUGGGACUGGGGUUGAGUACUUGCAGACUUGUGAUCAAGGACAGCCUCAAAAUGGCCCAAAGAAUCAUUUUUCUGAAGGAAAGGGUCAUUCCCAGUCCAGAGAACAGAAAUCUGAUGGUGCACCAAGCAUGAUAAAUGAAGGUAAUGGGUAUGAAAAUUUCAGCCAUGAACCUCGAGGCAGUUUUAGGGAUGACUCUGUAGGAUUGUCUCUGCCUUCACUGAAUGGAGUGGUAUGUGAUCGGGAAACAUCAGGUGUUCCUGGUGAAGAAGUGUCUGGUUUCAGUGCUGGCAUGUCACAAUCACCUGAAAAACAUAUGCCUAGUUUAGAUGCCACAUGUUUGCCAGUUUGUGAGAAUGAGGUUCCAAUUCAUGUGGCUGAUGACUGCAAUGGUUCAAAAAGUAAUGUCCCUCUGAAUUCAUCUUUGUCGGAUGAAAGAAUUGGUGGCAGUGCCGUAAUAAGUGUCUUAGAUAGAGAGGCACAUAUAACUGUCAGUAGUACUGAUUGUCCCGAAAAUGUUUUUGCUGUUGUUAAUCCUCCUUCAUCCAUGGAGCAAAUAACUGAUGGAGAUGCUGUAAAUGAGUUUUCAGAUAAAGAGUUGUCAAGGACAUGUGGAACUACUAGUCCAACUAAUGUUGCAGAUGAUAUAGAACGCCAAAAUUCUGAUGGAGGAUCGUUAAAUGUCCAGGUUUUAGAUGGUGUUAUAGCGUCAACGCCUAGUCAAGCUGCUGGUUCAAGCGAUGGUCCAGUUACAAUUUCCCUUUCGAAUCCACCUUUGGAGGAACAAAUUCCUGGUGGAGGUAUUCCAGUGUCAGAAAGUAGUCAUAAUGAUAUAGAGGCUUUAACGAAUGCUCUACUGGUGGAUAAAAGUACCAUGUCUGACCAGGAGGAAGGAGGGCCUAGAACUGUGGGAGAAUUCACCUUGUCCCAGGAGAGACUAGUAUCUAGAUCAGUAAAUGGCAUGGAGCCUCUUGGACAAGGGCAGGAAUUAUCAUCAGUAGGGACCCCUCCUGACCUGGAUACAGCUGGGGAAUUGUGGAAUUCUUCUGAACAAGUAUCUAAUUCAGGUCAUUUUGUACCAGCCAAUCAACCCAAUCAUGUUUCACCGAUCAUGAUACCUUCAGAGAAGGUCCAUCAAUUACCAGCUGCUGAGCUCCCUUCCAACAUGGAUCCAUCUUAUUUUCCUGUAGCAACUGAAGAUGCACAUCAGCCUAUAAAUAAAGAUGAUCACCCCAGCCAUCAUUCAGAGGCAUCAACUGUGGUUCCAAAUCAAGAUGUUGUGCAACCUAACUCAAGUUCGGUGGUUCCAAAUCAAGAUGUUGUGCAACCUAACUCAAGUCCGGUGGUUCCAAAUCAAGAUGUUGUGCAACCUAACUCAAGUUCAGAAUUAGAUUUACAUUCACAUCAAGUUGUGCAGCCUGCCUCAAAUUCAAACCUUGAUUCACCUACAACUGGUGGAGUAAGAACACAGUCUUCCAACCCAAUAAAUUUUUCAACUCCUUUGGAAACCAAUAAUCAUUCGAUGCAGACUUCAAUAGAUUCAGCUUCCAGAAUGGUUCAGCAUUUGGGCUAUGAUCCACUUAAAAAUGAACUGGAAAGAAUACAAAAAGCAUCAGAGCAAACUAUGAAAAACCAUGAAGAUAUGAAAUUGCGGUUGACUUCUGAUUUUGAAAAAGAAUUAGAGGAACUUCGCAGGAAGUAUGAUAUUAAAUUUCAAGAGAUCGAAGUUGAAUUUCAGCAAACAAAGAAGGCCCUGGAUAAAAGUUUUAACACAGUUCGUGCAAAUAAGAUCUUGGCAGAUGCUUUUAGGUCUAAAUGCUUGGAUCUUAAAGUAUCUGGUGCGUCAGGACUGCAACAAGAUUCAAGUUCUACACAGCAUUUAGGACAGCAUCCAAGACAGCAAAAUGCUACUUUGCCUCCCCUGGGCGCCGGUCCUUCUUCCUGUGGGCCUCCUGCGACCAGUCUGCAGAGUCCCUCCACUACUUCUAACCCUCAGCAUACAGUAACACCUAUUCAGGGUGGUCAGAGUUUGUCUGGAACUUUACCUGGUGUUUCUACAAGACCACCUAUAAUCAACUCCAUCUCACCCUCUGGAAAUAAUCAAGGUGGUGGUGAGAUACGUGCCCCUGCACCACAUCUGCAGCCUUAUAGAUCCUCAGCAUCUGUGCCAGCCUCCACUCCCCCUGGUCUUCAGCACCAGCUGCCGAGUCAACCAUCGCCCACUAGCAAUCUGCCAAGUCAGUCAUCACGCAGUAACAUUCCAGCAACUGCUCCACCAUCUUCUCAUGCUCCACCCCAACCAAAACCAAUAACCAAUCAGUCUGAUCCUAUGGGACGACGGCCUGAUGCUGCAAGUGGGUUAGCCACUCCUAAAUUACCUGCCAUGAGUCCGCGUGUGAACAUCAGCAGUCAAUCAGCUCCAAAUCACCCAAAUGUUCUGUCACGUAUGUCAGAUGUGGCUUCAGUGAACAAAUCCAGACUCGGCACCGGUAGCAGCAUCCGGGCUAACUCUCCCCAUCAAGCUUCAUCUCCAAACGUAGUCUGUUUAUCUGACGAUGAAUGACCUCAAGGAAUGUCUUGCAUAUUUGUUCUAACACAAGGCCAUGAUACACCUUAACUUUCCUCCCCUUUGGUUGGGAGAGGAGAGGGUCUUACAUGAGUUAUGGAGGGUACGCACUGUUGGGGUGAUGAUGGUAGUGCUAGCAGGUUCUUUAGAAAUGUUUUGUUCUAUUUAUUGAUAUUGAAAUGUACAUAUAUGUAAUUAUCUGUCCGUCUUUCUCUCUUCAGAGCAAAUUAUGGCUAGGCUGCUAAGAAUGAUGAACCAUGUUGAAUCGUGAAAUGACUAUAGUUAGGAAAGAACCAUGCGACUAAACCAAAGUUUUUCUCAGGUGAAAGGAUUGUUUUUUUAUAUA